GUUGUUCUGGGAGGAGGACUCAGCGCGUGCACAUGAGCACGUUAAUCACAAGUUACCAUCAGAUGGAAUAAGAGGCAUCAGCCCGAGCGGACUACCAGACUUUGUGGAAUAAUUUACAUUUUUUUAAACCACCGGACUUCAUUAUUUUAAUCUUUUUUAGGAUUUACUGUCGCGGCGAUGUUUAAAGAUCCAACACCAGAGUCCUUCCUGCAGUGAUCCGAGGGGACAGCAGGACUCAGARCCACAGGGACCACAGAGGCAUGCUGGCUGCCAUGCUGCGCCAGAGUUCUGCUGGAGGAUCGGGAGGCGGCGGAGGCGGAACCAAGCCCCCUCUGGGCUCCCGGCUCUCCAGCUCCAGCUUGGGUUCAGGAGGAUCCUCCAGGGUGGGCAGGAGUGGUUGGGUCAGCCCGGACAGCCCCGAUGCCCCCGCCGCAGACCCGCACUACAUCAUGCAGCUGGUCAGCGACGUYCGCAGGUUUGCAGACGUGCUCCUGCAGCUCAAAGAGGUCUUCAACUCCACAGAGCACCAGGACUGCCUCCAUCAGGUGGUUCACGAGCGACUCGGUGAACUGCUCCGAGUCCUGAAGGCCAUCAUCCAGAAACACCAGAGCCUGAACUCCGUGGACAUCCUCAGCACGGCAGGAACAGUCAUCUCCACGGUCAAAGGCGUGAACUUCAACGAGGUGAACGAGGAGAACAAGCAGAAGCUCCUGGCUGAGAUCUACACGGCUAUCGACAAAUUGGCYUUCACGUUUGGCAAUGUAGUUUCUGACUUCCUUAUGGGAGAUGUAGAGAAUGGARCAGUGUUGGGGUUGCCCCUAACGAAAAGAAGCAAGUCUUUUGAGAACCUCUCUGUGGAAUCUGGAGGAUCCGGUCCUGAGAAAGAUGAUCCCCCAGGGCCUUCUUCUCCAGUCCGGGCCGAAGACGUGGACCGGACGCUGCAGCGGCAGGACAGCGGCGUGGAGUCGGUGCUGCUCUACGCCAAGUCGUGGUCCAAGUACACCAAGGAGCUGCUGGCGUGGGUGGAGAAGAGGCUGAGUGUGGAUAUCGAGAGCGCAAAGAGCUAUGCCAAGAUGGCCGAAACUGCCAAGGCGCUGGCGAGCCAGCAGGAGUUCAUGCCGUUCCGUGAGAUCUACACGACGGCUUUCAAACACGACCUGGAGUUCAGUCAGCUGGUCCUUCAGACUGCCYUGAUCCUGCAGAGCAACAAGUUUGUUCAG